AUGAUAAUUUUCUACCCCUUAGUGGUGGAGUUCAUUUUGUUGGGCCUGACCAACAACCGACAUUUGCAAAUCAUCCUGUUUGGGGUUCUCCUUGUUGUCUUCCUUUUGAUCCUGCUGGGAAACCUCACUGUCAUCACCAUCACAUUGGUUGACCGUAACCUCCAGACCCCCAUGUAUUUCUUCCUUCGGAACUUCUCCCUUCUGGAGAUCUACUUCACUUCCACCUCCAUGCCUAGGACCCUCUACAGCCUCCUGCUGAAUAAGAAAGCCAUUUCACUCCCUGCUUGUUUCAUCCAGUUUUUGUCAUUCUUCUACUUGGGUACCUGUGUGUUUUUCCAUGUGGCGAUGAUGUCUUUUGAUCGCUACGUGGCCAUCUGCCGCCCCUUGCAUUAUUCCACUAUCAUGAAUGUGAGAUUUUGCAUCCAGCUGGUGGUGGCCUCUUGGGUGGCAGCUGUUUUUUUAAUGGUUCCUCCUCCUGCUAUGAUUAUCCAAUUGCCAUUCUGUGGCCCCAAUGCCAUGAACCACUUCUACUGUGAUAUAGCCCCCUUACUUCAGUUCUCCUGUGCAGAUACUCAGCGCAUUGAAUUAAUAUUCUUGACUUCAGUUAUAUUGAUCCUACCUGGUACUCUGAUAGUGAACAUCAUUUCCUAUGGCUAUAUCGUCUCCACCAUCCUCCGCAUCCCAUCUUCCACAGGCAGAAAGAAAGCCUUUUCUACCUGUUCUGCUCACCUCUUGGUAGUCACAAUACUGUACAGCAGUGCAAUUUUUAGGUACAUUCGGCCAUCUCAGAAAGGUGGGUGGGAUUUUGACAAGAUUGUGUCUUUUCUCUACUCAGUAGUGACCCAGCUCUUUAACUCUUACAUCUAUACACUGAGGAACAACCAAGUGAAAAAGGCUUUGAGGGAUCUCUUUAGUAGGGCAUUUUCUUAG